UCAAUUCAAUUGUCAAAUCAAAUUCCAAUUGUUUUGUGAGUUGAAGUAGAAUUUGUUGAUCUAAUUUUCAUCUCAAGUGCUAUUGACUAUUUUUUUUGUUUGACGUUAUUUGAUAACACAAUCGAGUUGCAAUGUUUCCAUAAUACAUCGAAAUGGAAAGGCUUCCAGGGAAAAUGUUUUUAUGAAGAACCCACCGAUAUUGUUUUGUGUGAUAAAAAUAUGCAUUUUAUAGCUUAGAUUGCUAACUAGCGAUAGGGAAGGAAUGGCAGAUUAUCAGCUUAGAGAGGCAGCAGAAUCACUACUAAACAGCGUCACUAUGCCACCAACCUACAGGAGUUUAUCUCACUCGCAGUCAGUGAACCUGGUGGCAGAGGACUUUGUGGCAGGGCACCGGCCGCAGGGCAGGAUGUCCUCUGUGCGCCGGUUCUUCUGUCUGUUCGUCACCUUUGACUUAUUGUUCACCAGUCUUAUGUGGCUUAUAUGUGUUAUGAUGAAAGGCGAGACUCUAAUACAAAUAGUGACUAGGGAAGUACUGCAAUAUAAUAUAAAAGUGUCAUUGUUUGACAUAGUGAUAGUAGCCAUACUGAGGUUCCUAAUGUUGAUAUUAUUCUACGCCAUACUCUAUAUUAAUAAUUGGAGUGUUAUUGCUCUCUCUACGGGUGGUACCUGUGCCUUUUUAAUAGGAAAAGUGUUUGUUUAUGAUUGGCCGAAUGCGUCGCAGCCGGUGUACCAAGUGUUCUUGAUCCUGACGUCGUUCACGCUGGCGUGGGGCGAGGCCUGGUUCCUGGACUUCCGGGUGCUGCCCCAGGAGCUGCAGGCCAAGGAGGUCAUGGGGCAAGGCAACGAGCAGUCGGAGCGUGCUCCACUACUGAGACCGCCGAGGAUUCCGCGCGCGCCCUCCGGCGGCGAGUCCACGGUCAACUGGUUCAGUCCCGUCGAAACCCCUGAGGCCAGCCCGCGGCCGCGGAAACCUGGGGAGCAAGUUAUACUGACUCAAGACCAGAUAGACGAGUACAAAGCGUUGGCUCAAGAGAGCAUGCACAACGCCUUCAACACCAUCCACCUGCCCAACUGGCGGCUGGAGAAGCGCGGCGCGCAGAAGGGCGACGUGGUCGAGUCCACGCAGACGGAGCAGUUCGGAAAAGUGUACAGAUUUACGGGAGUGGUCGACUGUCCAGCCAAGUUUUUGUAUGAGGAAUUCAAGAACAACCUCACCAAGCUGCCAGAGUGGAAUCCCACCAUACUCAAGAGCGAACUGAUUAAGGAAGUGGGUCCCGGAGUCGAUCUAUCAUAUCAGAUCACCGCGGGCGGGGGUCGAGGUAUCAUCGCUCCGAGGGACUUCAUCAUCUUGAGGAGGAUGGCCGCGCUCUCUAAGGACGGCAAGGAGGUGGACAGCGACCCCUACUGUUACAUCAACAGUGGGGUCAGUGUACAGGUGCCUGGGUACCCCCCCGUCAGGGAUAUGGUCAGAGGUCACAACAAGGUGGGUUGUUGGUGUCUCACGCCCAAGGCGGUGGAGACGCAGGGGGGUAAAAUAGAACAGAAGGCUGUCUUCCAGUGGCUGAUGUGCUGCGACCUUAAGGGUAAAAUCCCCCAGUUUGUGCUGGACGCCGCGUUUGCUACGGUGAUGUUGGACUAUAUAGUGCACGUAAGAAAGUUCGUAGCGGACAGCAAAUCGAAGGGGAUGUUCUAAUUGCACGUACUAGUGCGUCCACACUGCGUCCACGCUGCGUCCACACUUGCGUCCACGCGGGCUGACUCAGUGGUAUGCGUGUAUCUGCGAUUUACUACACAAAAAGGAUAAUUAUAUAUAUACAGUAAAGAGUGCGUCCACUCUUGCGUCUGCUCAUACGCAGUGACAUGCGAGUAAUACCAUAUGUGCUAUUUACUAGUUUACUACAGAUAAAGUGCGUCCAUGCGGUCAGACAUUGUGGAAUUCAUGUAUUUAUCUACGAGUAGCCGACGCCUAAUAAUAAGCCUAUGACAUUCACAAAUAACGCGACUUUCUAUUGGCAAAAGAAUUUUCAAAAUGGGUUCAGAAGAUCCAGAGAUACAACACCACAAACUUUACCUCUUUAAUAUUAGUAUAGAUUUACAAAAUGAAGUACACACUUGGAUCCACAUCUGCGAUUAACUGCACGCCUAGAAUGUGUCAACCAUAUACGUGACGAAAGAGACAUAUAUACAGUCGACUAAUAGCGCGAAGUCGAAAAAAUAUCUCUCUCUCUUUCUUCGCAAUGUGGUGAAAGAGAUGGCAAUAUUUAUACAAACUUGACCAUUAUAUUGUAGCCCGUAUUUUAGGUCGGCGGCUAUAAGCAUGCAGUUAUAUCUACUCGUGCGUCCACACUGCGUCCGGCCUGGACGCACUCAAAAUCUUGUGUGUCGCUUUAUUACAGGGCAUAGAUAAAUUAUUAUAAGCGACAAUAUAGAUUACGGAUUUCAAUAUCAGCUAUCAGCUGUUAGCAAUGAGGAUGAUGACUAGGUUUGAAUAUAUUGAUUUUUAUGAUACAUUCGGGUAAAUAGGGUCAAUGUUAACUAAUUUAUACAUAAAAAGCAAAGAUUGACUGGAUAAUUGCAAAAUAAAUAAGAUUAUAAAAUUUCAAAAUCUACUAAAAAUAUUUCAUCGUAAUUAGAUGAAAAUUCAUAUUGUUUUAGCUUCCUUACAUUAAAUGUGACAUUUUUUAAUAUAUGAACUAUCAACAUAAACGCAGAAAUAACAAAGAUGUUAGUAAUUUUGUUUAAACGCCCAUACAAAUCUAACGAUCAUUAAUUGCCUACGACGUCAUAAGUGCGUACCAUUUUGUAUGGGGCGUUUUCCAGGGAUCCGCGGCAGCGCCGCAAAUCUGACCCUUUAAAUCCCUGUAGCUCCGAAAGUAAUGAUCGCAGAUACCCUGUUACUUUUACAAAAUUGCUUUACUAUUAGCGUACUUGUUAUUUAUAUACAAUUUAAAAAACUGUCAUCAUCCCUAUUCUAAAAAUUGGUCCUAUUAAGUCAUGAUACGUCAAUUUUGACGUAGUAUCAUGACUUAAUAGGGCCUAUAUUUCAGAAUUGCUAACACAACCAAAUUUUCAAAACCUAACUUUGUGUAAUGUGUCGAUGUAUUGGUUAUAGUGCCACAAACUCAUUUGGUGACAGUAUUGCCCCCUUCAACCCCUUUUCAAUCCUUUAGGUGGAAUUUUGACAAAUCUUGAAUGACAUUAUUUUUAGUAUUUUUUGUGGUAUAUAGACAAUUUUUUUUUAAAUGUAACUUGUAAAAUGAAGGACUUUUGAUUAUAUUUUCGAUGUAAAAAGUAUUCUAUAAACUUCUUUGUUGGUCUCAAAUCGUAUCAAUUUACAUUCGAUUCCAUUCAGUAGUUUCAUUGUGAUCAGAGUCAACAAAAAACAAGGACAAACACACAGACAGACAAAAAAUAAAAAAUAAAUAUUUAUUAUAUUAAUUUUCCCUAACUAAAGUUUUAAAAAUUUCUCUAAGUUAAAGAAUUUGAGUUUUGAAGUAUAGAUUUUGCAAAAUGGCGACCGUAGAGACGUUAGUUCCAGUUUUGGCCACCGGAUGAGAAAUUUGUGUUACUAUAGCAACCUUGGUAAAACAAUAGACAAUAUAAAAAAAUAAAUAGUCUAUGCAACUUCACGAACGAUUGAUUACAGAUAGAUAAUUCAAGGUCUAAAUUAGAGUAAACAUGCAAGUACUAAAUUAACUUUGAAAUUAAGGGACAUACAUAAAUGAUGUUACACGAAUAAUAAAAUUAAGCGGUAUGCGCGGUGGAUUCACAAGACGGAGGUCCUGGGUUCGAUCCCCGGCUGGGCAAAUUGAGAUUUUCUUAAUUUGUCCAGGUAUGGCUGGUGGGAGGCUUCGGCCGUGGAUAGUUACCACCCUACCGGCAAAGAGGUACCGCCAAGUGAUUUAGCGUUCCGGUACGAUGCCGUGUAGAAACCGAAAGGGGUAUGGAUUUUCAUCCUCCUCCUAACAAGUUAGCCCGCUUCCAUCUUAGACUGCAUCAUCACUUACCAUCAGGUGAGAUUGUAGUCAAGGGCUAACUUGUAAAGAAUAAAAAAAAAAUAAUAAGCAACGCCCUCCUUCCGUUUUUCGACGCUUUCGUUCCUUUAACUUCCCUUUUCUUCCAUUCGAUUAUCCCUAUGUAAUAAACGCGUAAGUAAGGCCGUAUUACCUUCACGGCUAAACCACUUUUGAUGCUUUUUGGUACAAAGAUAAAUAGACAUUAGAGAAGAAUACUACUUUUUUCACCGUAGAUGCUCGCGGUCGGCCAUUAGUACUUUGUUAUCUAUUUCUAACUAUAAUCUAUAAAGAAAAUCUUAUCUACAUACAGCUACUCAUACUCACACCUAACGCAUCCGUUAAUAGGGAAUAUGCAUCUUUUUAAUCGAGCUGAAUCUGACAUAAAAAAAUUAUGAAAAAAAUAAAAAAAUCGACAUAAAACGUUAACAUUAUUUUCUGCAAAAUAAACUCUAUAAAUAUCUGUCAUAUCUGAUAUUUUAGCGCGCUGUGCGAACGUCGACAAUGACGUCACAAAUGUCAAGCGACACUUUUCUAUUGGUUGGCUGAACUUGUUAAAGCGGAAAAUGACGUCACUUUUCACUGAGCAGUAGCGAACGUUUCGCUGUUGUUAAAUUUCUCGUGGGGCUUACAAAUUUUUAAAAACUAAAAUUUAUUAUUUAAAUCGAGUUAAUUAAAAAAAUAUUGUUAAUAAGUAUGAAUUACCAAUAAUUAAUAAAAAGGAAAAUAUCUGUCCAAAAAUUCAAAUCGCACGUAAAUUUCCUAUUAAUAAUUCUUCCUCUUUAGUUGCUAAGGCUUUAAGGAUUCGUCAUUUAUGUAUAUCCCAUUAAUACGCAUUUUUACUUUAAGCCACACUUGCAAUAAUAACAAAGAUGACACUGCGCCAUUAUCAAAUUAUGCUAGUUAGUUAAAUAAAAUUAAUUUAAGUACAUGAAAAUUUUGAAUACUCUUCCAUAAAUAAAUAUUUUUGUGCAACAUCGACGUGUCAUACGAAAUUGCGAAAUAAUUGUAAUUUGUGAAAAUAAGAAAUAUGAAUUAUUCAUUUUUUAUUUGUCUUGGCUCGUUUUAAUGUGUAUUGUUGGUAGUUUUAUGUAGGACCAUUUUUUUAAAAGUAAUUAUCCCCAUUUUUUGUUCUUCUGCAUUUUUUCACCUUUUUUUGUACUCCUGUGUAAAAAAUAAAUGAGGAGGAUGAAAUCAGCCACAAACAAAUUCGCUUUAUUUAUUAUGUAUUUAGUAUUCAGAUUCAGUUGAUGUUGUUUCUAAAUAUUUAUUUGUAUGUUUUUAUUAUGAUAUAUGAUGAUGAUAUGAUUAUUAAACAAAAAAAAACAAUUUUUUUUGUUUAAUAAUCUUCACAAAACUUUGUAUUCCUUCUUAGCUGUCACAUUACCUAACAUUAAGUUUUAUAUUAGAAAUUGUAAAUGUUCCUUACUUUAAAUCAUCUAUGUGUAAGGGCCAUCGCACACCUAACGAGGCGUUUUAGUAAAAUCAAAUAUAAUAGUUGAAUAUCAAUAAUCACAAUAAUUGAUAAAAUAAAUAAAUGAAAAAUAAAAAUCGUUUAUUCCACUUUCUAAAAUGUCAUAAAUACCAAUAAUACAUAUUAUACCAAUACCAGUUAACCGUUAAGUUAAAAAGUUAAAAAGUGGUAAAACCAGGAGUAGUAUAAACUACUAAAACUCCGCUCUUCCAUAGCUAGUACAUAGUAAUUUCGAAAUAAACGCAUUUUUCUUUCUUUCUUCUUUCUUACAUAGUGAAAUAACAUAUUUUCACUAUGUGCUAGCUAUAUUGAUACCAUGACUGAAUACAUUUUAUGAAUAUAAAAGUAGAUACAAAAAUACACUAUAAACCGUAAGCAACUAUAUUUCGAAAGUAGUGUAUGAGGAAAACAAAGUUUGAGAACCUGUAGUUUAAAAGUAAAAGUUAUCGCCUCGAUAGCAGUCCUCUGUCAAGUGUGUGUCGGCCUUAAUAAUGUUUUUUUUAAUCUACACAAAUCAUGACAAAAUUGGAAAACUAUUAAACCUAUUGAAAUAUAUUUUUUUAAAAUCUUUAUUUAAAAUAAUAUUUCGUGCUAACUCUAGAUAUCAUCACUAUAAUCAGUCAGUCAUUAAGGAUAUCAAUUAAAAUGUAUAUUUUGUAAGCUUAACAUUAUUAUACAGUGACUAUUUUAUUGUUUUUUUUUUCUCCAAAAAAAUCAUAAAGAACAGUAAAACAUUAUUAUUUAUUAUUAUUAACAAGUUUCUAAUUGUUAAAGGUUGUUAAUGAAUUAUAUUUCAAUGUAUGAUCUAUGUAUGUAAAGAGAAUCAUUGAUAAGUAACAAAGAUAAUCUGCUAAUAUUAUGAUUAUAAUAGAUAUUUUUUUACUAUUUUAUUAAUUAAAGUCUCAUAAUAUGAUAGCCAAUUUCAUUUUUGAACGUCUUAUUGUCUAUAUUUAGAUAUUUAGUCAUGAGUAACUGUGACUUACCUUUUACUUUCAAAUUAUUAUUUUAAGCCACCAUAUGCAUAUGCCUUAUGUACUCUCUUCAUACCAAAGUGUUACAGAAAUAAUAUAAAUCAUUUUUGCUUAUCUACUCUAACGCCUAUUGUAAAUCUGAAUAGUUUUAUAAAUAAAUUUUAUUUUAGACAAUAUAUGAUAAUAAAUGAGUUGAAUAAAUGGCUGACUACAUUUGAACUUGUUAUGCCCUUAUUUGUUAGCUCUUAGCCCUCAUUCGCACGAGAGUUUUUUUAACGGACGUUAAAUAAGCGUUCAAAUACAACAAAUGCAUUCCCAAGUAUAUGUUCACAUGACAACGUUUUUACAACACGACGGCUUUUUUUCUAGCAGUGUUGCAUUUUCAAUUUGGGGCGUUGGAUAGACCAUGAAUUAAAUUAAGAACUUAUACUAUAUAACUUAUAAAAGUUUUUUUAACGUCCGCUAAAAAAGCGAAGUUAAAUGAACGCCCAAGGCCCUAUUUCCAACGCCCAAAAUUGAAAAUGUAACACUGCUGGAAAAAGAUCGUCGAGUCUUAAAAACACAGCGUUUUUAAAACGCGUGUGAACAUAUACUUGGGAAUGCAUUUGUUGUAUUUGAACGCUUAUUUAACGUCCGUUAAAAAAACUCUCGUACGAAUGUGGGCUUAGCUACGAGUAUGUAUUGAGUCAUGACGUAGACGCUGGAAAUUUGAUAUUUUGCAUGUAUCUUGACCAUGUUUAGCUGUUAAGCUUAAAAUAGUUUAAGAUUAAAUUUAUAUAUUGUGUAUAAAAUUACUAUAAAUACUUAGUGAUAUUAUAGCUAGGAAUUAUGUAAACAGGCAUUUUUUAUAACAAAAGAAUAUAGUAUAGUAUAAACAUUUUCA